GUGUCAGUGUCAACUGUCAGUAAUUGACAGAAGAGCUCGUUUUUCGUCUCUCUCUGACGGCGCGGCGGUCAAGUAAAAAUUAUUGAAUGAGUUUGUUUGUUGUAUUUAGAGCUAGCCGUGUUUUGAACAAGGCCGCUCGGAGUUUAGUCCAAGGAACAUCACUGUUUCAAAACUCUAAUAUGGGUACCAUAAUUUCAAAAUCUCUGUGUCCUAACGGUAGUGGACCAAAUGCAAACACAGGACAAUCUGGAGCCUCAUCACAAGCCUCAUCGCAAGUUUUGGCUACUAACAACUAUGUAGAAGCAGUAGUGUGCAAUGAAAAUGACCUCAAAGAAAAUGAAAUGAAAGUUUUUGAUAUAGGAGAUGAAGGGAAAGUGUUGUUGGUGAAACAGAAGGGCGAAUUUAGUGCUGUUGGGCAUAAAUGUACCCAUUAUGGAGCCCCCCUGGUCGCCGGUGCCCUCAGCGAUGGCAGAAUCAGGUGCCAGUGGCAUGGAGCUUGCUUUAACUUGAAGACUGGUGAUAUUGAAGACUUCCCUGGGUUUGAUUCUCUACCAUGCUAUCAAGUCACUGUCGGAUCCAAAGGUGAAGUUAAGGUGCGUGCCAAGAUCAGCGACUUGAAGUCGAACAAGCGCAUCAAGGAGGCGUCGGCGGGGGCGGGGUGCGCGGGCGGCGUGGUGGUGGUGGUGGGCGCCGGGCCCUCGGGCGGCACCUGCGCCGAGACGCUGCGCAGCGAGGGCUUCCAGGGACGCAUCGUGCUCCUCGGCAAGGAACCCUACCUACCCUACGACAGGGUCAAAGUCUCCAAACUAACCGCCCAUCCCGAAAUAGAAAAACUACAGGCCAGAACACAAGAGUACUACAACAACGCCAACAUCGAGGUCAUGAAAGGAGUCGCGGCCACUAAAGUGGAGCCCGAGCACAAGUUUGUCCACCUCAGCAAUGGCACUAAGCUCCAGUACUCAGCGCUGUACCUGGCCACCGGGUCGAAGCCUCGAGUGCCCGAUGUACCCGGCGCCGAUCUACAGAACAUAUUCACGCUCAGAAACAUCGACGACACGAUCAAACUGAUCGACGCCCUCGGCGACAAAAAAGAUAAGAACCUAGUGGUCCUCGGACUGAGCUACAUCGGGCUGGAGACGGCAGCCUCCUACAACGAGAAGGCCAAGUCCGUGACCGUCGUCGGCACCGACUCCGCGCCUCUAGCGAAGAUAUUCGGAACCGAAAUCGGUCAGAGCCUGCAAAAGCUGUUUGAGGAAAAGGGCGUCAAGUUCCAUUUCAACACGACGAUAGUAAAGUGCAAUGGUGAGAAUGGUGCUAUCAAGUCAGUGGAGCUGCGGGACGGGACCACACUGCCAGCAGAUGUGGUUGUGUUCGGCGUGGGAACCACUCUCUACACGGACUUCCUGAGAGAUAGCGGUAUCGCCAUGGAGCCCAACGGUGCGGUCACCGUGGACGAUAAACUGCAGACGAACAUCAAGGACAUAUUUGCGGGCGGCGACAUAGCGCAUGCGCCGGUGUUCGCCAAUGAGAAUGCUAAAACGUCUGUGGGUCAUAUAGGGCUGUCGCAAUACCACGGUAGGGUUGCCGCGCUGAAUAUACUCAAGAAGAAUGUUCCGCUGAGGGCUGUGCCGUAUUUCUGGACGAUGUUGUUUGGCAAGUCUAUCCGGUACGCUGGGACCGGGACCGGAGUGAGUACUCUGGUGGACGGAGACGUGGCAGCCCUCAAGUUCGUGAUCUUCUUCUUCAACGAGGCGGAGCGCGUGGUGGCCGUGGCCUCGUGCAUGCGCGACCCCGUCGUGUCCCAGUUCGCAGAGUUCCUCCAUCAAGGGAAAUCUCUUUAUAAGAAGGAUCUAGAACAGGAUAGGUUUGCGUGGACCAAAACUAUCCAGCCUUGAAUUUCAUACAUAGUAUUUUAUCAUAGAAAAUAUUAAGCUUAUUAUACGUAUGUACAGUUGUAACAAAAGCAAAGCAAUGGAAUAUAAAUAAGUACCUACAAUGGAAGCACACAUAUUUUAACAAAAACAAUAGAUUUGAUAAGUCAUAUUUUUUUACCUUUGUUUAUUAGGCUGCAAUAUCAGAACUACAAUCAAUGCUGAUUGAAUUUAUUGCUUUGCUUUUGAUAAGAGUUAUCUACUAAAUAUAAAUUAUGCAUACUCUUUAUGUACUCAUUAGUUUCUAGAGCAGUGAUUUCUAAAAUCGCGUGGUCCACUAUUUUUGUAUUAUUUCAGAGAUUUACCACAUUUUUUACACAAGUGAUAGCAUUUUACUGAUUGUUGCACAGUGCAAAGAAUAAUGUGAUGUACCCUCUCAUAGAGGUCCUCUUUUGCCUAUUUAAUUAAGAUGCCGUAAAUGAUUAUUUUCUUUACGAAUAUUAAUAUUUAAAACUUAAGUACAUAAAAUAUUACAUAGUGUUAAGUUUGUUUUACAAAUAGUAAUGCUUUUUAUUUAUGUAUUUUUUGUAAAUUACUUAUAUUGUUGUCUAAAUGCAUAUACAGUGUAAACUCUAUAUAACGACACUGAAUGGACUGUGCAUUUUACGGCGUUAUAGAGAGUUGUCGUUAAAUGGAGAGAAGAAAAAUCACUUACUUAUUCUUUCUCGUUUCUAUUGCGUGUAUCAGUAAAACUUUUUCGUCAAUACACAGUGAUUUUCUUUUACUAGCCAUGUUUACAGUUUGAAAGUUUGUGAGCAACUAAGAAUAUGAUGAUGUAUAGACAAUCCAUGAUCCCUACUUAUUAGUCAUGGUCAAGCAAGAUCAGUCUACACAUGCAAUCCCAAUUUGUAAACAAAAGAAUUAAUGCCCACAGUCGAGUUUAUUGCAGUCUAGGAUAAUAAAGCGAGAAUAAAACGUACUCAGCUAAAAUUAACUAAAAUUAGGAAAAAAACGUACUCAGCUAAAAUUAAUUAAAAUUUUUAACUAAAAUUAUGAACUUAAAAGUUACUGUUUACUCAAUUGUUGUCGUUAUUGAGAGUGGAUGUGAUGCUAUGUAGAGUGUAUCAUUGUAUGGAAGACAAGCUAAACCAACCAAAACCAAUUUAUUUCGAUGCUUUAGAGAGUUUGUCGUUAAAUCGAGUGAUGUUACAUGGAAUUUACACUGUACUUCAGGUUUUUGAUCACUCAUUUCUAUUAAGUAAAUUAUUUUAAUAGUUCCACAUUAUAUGGAAGUAUAAAUAUUGUGAUUAUGGUACUUACUGUGCCUAGAUUAUGUAUAUUAUAUGUCAUCAGAAAAUAUAAAAAUAUAAUGUAAAUACAAGGUUGCUGAAGAUAUAAUAAACUUUUAGCCUAAAACAUUAUUUAUUGCUCAUCUAUGUCUACAUACUUAGCUAAAAAUACAAAGUAAAAUAACAUAAUUUUGUGCUUAACACCUUUUACUUAUCCCAACCCUCACCAACUCUCAAAUGUAGUAGUCGCUCGAAUAAAGUUACAUCAUUCUUGAAUA